CCGUGUUCCUUAAAAUUAUCAAGUUCUUCUGAAUAAAUCUUCUCCCAACUGAAACAUAAUUGUGACAUAAAGUAAUGCUUAUCGAGUGUUUCACAUUUACGAAUACGGUUACUCCCGAGGGAGUUAUCGCGGCGACAGCAGAGAGCGUCUGCCGCGCUCUAGGUAUCGAACGCGAGUGGCGCGGCGCUGGGUGCCGCGACGCUUAUAUAAAUGCGCGGCGUCGGCAGGCGCGUUCAGUAUGUGUCAUGCUUUGCGAGCGCGAGCGUCGUCUGUGAUGGCGGCUCGAGUGCGGUUGAAGAUGCAAUGCGGCACCGUCGUAUUGCUCCUCGUCGUCAUCAUCGUGGUGUGUGGUAUGGAUCUUGUGUGUGGAAUGUUCGAGCAUCGUCACUGCAGUCACCAGCAUCCCCGGGCGCACGAGGUUGUUCAUGGCGUUCACAUAGAACCAGCACAUGAAGUGAAAAAGCGGAGUAUCAGUCAGCCGGUUCGGAUCUUGCUAUCGUACGAUGAAAGCGUAUACAGGCUGGAUGAUGAAAAAUUGGACCUCAUAAACAAUACGAUUUUACCUGAAGCCGUACACUUUUGGGAACGAGCACUCAUGGUCCGUGAGACAAAGAGCACUAUUAGAUUGAGCAGGAAAUGCGAAAGUAGUCAAGUGUUCGUCAAAGGUCAUCACACUCACUGUAUAGAUACCUGUCGAACUACUACAAUGUGCGGUGAAGUAGUCGUGCCUGAAGAUCAUCUCGAUGUUUGUAGAACAUGUAAUGCAACAGGACAUAAUUGCGGUAUUGCUGAAGGAAGUAGGGCAGGCCCAGGUAUAGAUGGUGCCGAUUUUGUCUUCUAUGUAUCCGCGAUGCAAACUGCAAGAUGCCAUAAAGGAUUAACCGUGGCUUAUGCAGCGCAUUGCCAAACAGAAGCAGCGUUAGAUAGACCGAUAGCUGGUCACGCCAAUUUGUGUCCGAACAGCAUAAGCACGAAGCCACAGGAACUAGAAACAUUAUUAAGCACGGUGAAACAUGAGAUAUUACACGCUCUGGGAUUCUCUGUAAGUUUAUACGCUUUCUACCGAGAUGAGAACGGUGAGCCUAGAACUCCAAGGAGAAGCGAUACAGGGAAACCGAUGUUAAACGAAAAAUUACAAACGCAUCAGUGGAGUGAAAACACGAUCAAAACGGUCGUUAGACGAUAUUGGCAGGUACACGGUGGUUACGUGGAAAGGUCGAUGCAGAUGAUAGUCACGCCGAGGGUUCGUGCCGAGGCUCAGGCUCACUUCAAUUGUCCAGAACUAGAAGGUGCGGAAUUAGAAGAUCAGGGGGAGGAUGGCACGGCACUGACGCAUUGGGAAAAACGAGUCUUUGAGAACGAAGCAAUGACAGGAACACAUACGCAAAAUCCCGUUUAUUCGAGAAUAACCCUCGCCCUUAUGGAAGACACUGGAUGGUACAGUGCAAAUUAUUCAAUGGCUCAAGAACUGGGUUGGGGGAAAAAUCUUGGCUGCGAUUUUUCGAUGAAGUCGUGCAAGGAAUGGAUAUCUUCGAAAUCUUCGCGACUAUCAGGGAAGUCUAUUCAUCCCUUUUGUAACAAAGUAAAACAGGAUCCGUUGCAAACCGAAUGUACCGAUGACCGAAGUUCGGUGGCGUUGUGUAAUCUAAUUAAAUAUCCUCUGCCUCUGCCUAAAAAGUACCAGAACUUUGACUCUAUACCGCACGUACCAGCUGGAGAGGAACAAUAUUAUGGUGGUUCAGUAUCUCUGGCAGAUUAUUGUCCGUACAUUCAGGAGUUCACAUGGAGAGCUCGAAAUAUAGUAGUUAGAGGCUCUCAUUGUCUCUACGAAGAGAAUAAUCCUCAUCCAGAUAAAAAUUUUGCUCUGGAAAAGUAUGGCCCACAUUCAAGAUGCUUCGAUCAUACAAACCAAAUGUGGGAAGAAAGGGCUUGCAAACAAGCUCGGCAAUGGCAGCAUUGGGGUUCCGGAUGUUAUCAGUAUAAAUGUGAAGCUGGUAGACUACAUAUAAUGGUUGCAAAUUACACAUACACGUGUUAUCAUGCUGGUCAAGAAAUAACUAUCAGAAUAAUACAAAAUGGUUGGCUUCAUAAAGGAGCUCUAAUUUGUCCUCCAUGUAAAGAUAUCUGUCAGGCGGAACUAAAAGAAAAACACGAAUACUGUAAGCCAGGAGAUGAACAUCCACCUGCGACGUAUUAUCACAGAGACAUUUUGUAUUGUGCGUCCGCAGGGACACUUACAAAUUUCCCAAUAUUUGUUGUUUCAAUUUACUUCUUUGUUUUUAGAUGAUGUGUCAUCUGAUCUAGGUAAUAUUUUUAUCAAUAUUAGAAUUAGACCGAGGAAUUAUAAUAACGUACUAUCAGAAUGUCGUGUAAAAAGCGCUUCUUAAUUACGAAAUGCGAAGUGUUUGUUUAACGACAUAGAAGUAUGUUUGGAACCAAGUAAUAGUUUCAUAAUACGAAUAUCAACCGAGGUGACAAUUCUAUUUUAAUAGUUUAUUGUAAAAAGAAAUAUUUCCUCGAUAAUUUUUAUAUUUCUGGACGUAUAAAAAUAUAUAGAAGUACGAAUUUAGAGGUUCGACACGCGCGUACGGUUAAUGUUCACGGUAUUUCGUAUUUUCCAUUUAUGGCAAACAUAUUUAUAAUUACAGUGAUAAAUUUUGACAAGGCAUUUUUUUAAGUGCCAAUAGUAAUAAAUAUGUAAAGGAUGAUUUAUUUUUGAUGUGUCUGUUUAUCCCAGAAAAUAUGUUGAAUUGCAAAGAAUUGAAGGAUUUCAAGAGUUAACAAAAUCUAUAUUUCUUAACAUAAAAAGCAACAAUAUAAGGAAGUGAGAGUAAUGGAUAAAUGUGACUCUAUAGAUAAGAUGUUCAUUCAAGAACAUUACUGCAAUUUUAUAUGAUAUUAACCAACUCUUUUCAGCAUUUAAUCUUAUUGUUCUCAUUUACUCUUCGUAGGAUUUUAAGAAUAUAAAAUUUAUAUGUUAUAUGUGUAUGAAUAUGUUAUAUAAUACUUCCAACUAUGACCUACUGUAUUUUAGACACAGUGUAGUUGCAUAUAUUAAGCUCCGAAUUUGUCAGAGUUUUGGAUAGUUAAUUACUUUUGACUUCUAAAAAUGUUCAUAUAAUUAAAUAUAUUUUAUCACGUUGUUCUUUUUCUUUAUUGAAAAAAACUGAUAAUAGAAAUCCUUUAAGAUCCUAAAGACUACAAAAUUUCUCUCGAUUUAACAUACAUUCUGAGAUAAAAUUACAUAGAGAUAAAAAUGGAUCAUCCUAUACAUAUAUAAUUACUUACGAUAAUUAUGCCGCCCAUUUUGUUAUCGUCUUUUUCUACGAACAUCACGGUUUUUCACAUUGAAUGUACUGUGUAGUAUCUAGGAAUUUUGCUUCUUUUAUGAAUUGUUAAUAACAGUCAUUCAAUGUCAGUUAGUAUUAAAUAGAGACGAAUGAUUACAUCUGAAAGUAUCAAAAUAUUUGUAUAAGUGCCAAUAUAUUACCUGUUUUCAUUUAUAUAACAGCUUUAGUUAUGUUAUUAUUUAGUAAUAUGUGUAAAAUAUCUUGAUAACCCUUAUUCAUCUUUUAUGUAUUCACAAGAAAUAUAUUUUAUUGUUAAUUUAGAAGUACAAGUAUAAUACAGCAACCAUAGUCUUUUUUAUGAAUGCAGAGUUACAUAAAUUGAAUUUUAACCAAUUUUUUUAUGAGAUAAGAUGACUGUUAUUGUAUGGUAACAUUCAAUCAUUUUUAAAAGCUUGUAAUAUAAAUACACAGUUGUAUUUCUUAAAGUAUCUAAGUUUUGGUACAUUUAUAUAUUUUAUGUACUUUGUGGUAGUAAUUAAUGCUAUAAUAUAAAAUCCUUCACGGAAUAUUUUAUACUCUUUUAUUUAACCAUUUUUUAUGUAAAAACCAUGCAAUUGUAGUACAUUUUACAUCAAGAAGUGAAUAAGGGUUAAACGAUAAACUCCUUGCUAUAAUUUCUUAUUGUUACCUCGGAAAUAAUUUCAAUUACAAAUUAUAAAAACGUUCAACUGUUAUUACAAAGCUUAGACAUGUUAUUACAAAGUGUUAUUACAAAGCAAAGAUAUGUUGUUUAACAUCGAACUUCUAAUAUAAAUUUCAAAUUUGAUAAUUAGUAUUAUACAUACAUAUCUGUAUAUUUGUUGUUUAUUUUCUAUUCCUGCAUUUGAAUUCGUUUGAUCGCAUUUGCAAUACCUAAAGAAUUGGGCGACACUGAAAAACGAAUUUAAUUUUUGUACAAUUAAAGAGAGAUGAUACGAGUUUUGUUUUUAUAGUUAGAUUAUAAUAAAUAUCAUAUCCUUAAGUAUAGGAAAGGUAUUGGGAGAAUUCAGCAAGAAAUAGGAACAUCUCGGUAGGUUGUUCUGAAAGUGCUGUGCGUUUAUAAAAAUAUCAAUAAACGUAAAUGACAUUUCUAAGAAAUAAGCGCUAGAGAAUAAGCUGUAAAUAUUUUACGACUAUAUAUUUAAUAAAUAAGAAAACAGAAGAAUUUUUAUGAACAUGAAAGAACAUAUAUUCACGAGAAAGCAAUUAUGCGAAUUGUUUCUUUAUAUUAUAUCUAUGCAUGAAACAUGAACAUUUUGUACACGUUACAAAGAAAUUUUAACAUUCCAUUGCAAAAGAUUUCAAGUUCAGAACAAUUAAUAACAUGUAAAUUAUUAAAUAAUUAAUUACAAAAGACUUAGAAAGUUAAUAUACUUGUAGAUAUAUUGCUUCAUCACGUUAAAAGCUUUCACAGUUUACAGAAGAGAUUAUGCAAAGUGUACUUAUCUAUCAAAUUAUUUUUCUCGAAACUGCAAUUGUGGCAGUAUUAAUGUGGUGAAACUUAGUAAUUGUUUUCCUAUACAUUCCAAAGCAAGUAACGAUAAUUUCAGAAAUUAUUAUAAUAAAAUUCCAUUUGAUGUAUUUAACAAUUUGUAACAUAAUUGUGAAAUUAUUUAGCUUAUUACUUUUUGCCCAAUUUUUAAGAUCAUCAUAUUAAUUCUUUCAUAUCGAUGUUCAAUUUGAAAAAACGUAUUCUGUAUAUGUAUUCUGUAGAAUAAAUUUAUUUUCAAAUUGAAAAAGAAUUUUUACUAUUUCUUUUUCUCUAGAAAAAUUCUUUAAAUAAAAAUUUAACUCAGAUAUGAUCAUUUCAUUAACUUUCGUAAAUAAAUAUUGUUAAUAAUGAAUCGAUUGUAGCUAGUUAAUUGAGAAAUACAAAAAUAUUCAUUGUUCUUAAUGAAAGGCGAGAAAGGAUCGAGCUCUUUCUGUUAUUAAAAAUUGCAUCUUCAAAGCUAUCAAAUAAAAUAUCGCUAUGAAAGAAUUAAAUUAAACGAUAUUGUGUGUUAAGAAAAUAGUACCGUUGUUCGGUGUAUAAUAACAACACCUAACGACUGAAUAACAAAUUUACGCUUUUCUAACAUAAUGAAUGUUAAGUGCGGUAUAUUAUAUAAAUAAUGCAGAACGAGACUAAAUAUGUUUUAAUAACAUUACAAGGCCCAAUUAAUAAUUAUUAUGAAAGAAUGUGAAAGCAUAUACUACGUGUGAGAGAGUUCACAGGAUCUCUAUAAGAUACAUGUACCAUAAAAUUUAUUAAAAGUUAGAAAUACCGCUGUAAAAUCUUUAUCUGAUUAUCUAAUAUAGAAGUAGAUUGUUGUAUGCGACAAAAGAAAAGUACAGGGGAAGAACGUGAUAUAUGUAUAAGUCACAUUUUUUUAGUUUCUUGUCUUUUUAGUACAAUAGCAAUCUUAAAAUAAUAAAACCAUUUCAUUUGUACGUGUAAAAUAAAGUAACAGUUUGAGUUACGAAGGACAUUUUUAAAUCUGUUUCUUGAAUUAAAUUUGUAUUUUGUUUAUCCUCCUGAAAGGACAUAUCGAUUGUUGUAAUAUUGGAAAUGUCAUUAAUUUUGUACAAAGUAUCGUGGAUGUUAUAGAUUCUAUUAAUUAUUUUAUUAUUUUGGGGAGGAAAUCUGCAAAAGAAGACUUAUCACAUUUAUCCUCUGCAAUCAACCGCUUUAAUUGUAAAUGCGCCACUCUAUUUUCAAAUUACGAAACGUUCUUACCUUCUGUGUGAAAUACGUGUCUGUUCAGAAGACAGGGAAGAGAAAAGAAAGAUAUUUCGCACAAAACGAAAUUUUACGGUCAAGUAAGAAGCUACGAUAGAAAUUAUGAUAACGUAGAAGAUAUUGAGAAAGGGUAAACGAAUUAUGUCAUAAAGGAUUCUAAGCAGCAGUAGAAAUCAAAGCACGUAACAUUGUAUGUACGAUGAGACGCGUAGAAAAUGUACCUUUAUGAUAGGAGCAAAAGACAAUAUUAUUCAGAAAAUUGAUUUAUAUUUUAGUCUAUCCUGUGUCUCUUUUUUAAAGUGUCUUCCUUUUCAAAUUUACAUGUUAUAAAAUUUAUGUAUUAUUUUACAUGUUGCAUCGAAUGUACUGUAAUAUAAUUUCAUUGAUUUAAGCCUAUCGUUAUGUAAGUGUGCCAUGAUUAUAAGGAAAUAACGUGUAUGUUUAUUGGGAUUCAAUAUUGUUUCCUAUAUUAUUGUUAUAUAAGGAUUCUUACUGUUUGUAUAUCAUCAAAUCGAAUUGUAAUUUAAUUACAAAAAAGGGACUUAUAAAAAAUUCGUUCAUAAAAAAUUUUAAUAUGAGACGAAUAUUUUAAAACUAAUUAAUUAAAUCCGAUCUCGAAUGUGAACCAAUAUGUGAGUUUAUUCGUUCAAUGCGUUACAUGGAUUACAAAUGUCCCUUCUAUUUGUACUUUUCUACUGUGUAUUUUAUACUAUUUUUAUCUUGGAAUAUUAUUCCAUUAUAGAGUAUAAUAUCCUAUCAAAUCAUCACUAAAGAAUUAUGUAAUGUAGUUCUAUUAAUGAUAUAUUAUUAUUUGUUUAUCGUUUUAGUGAAAACAUGCUUAGAUCAUUAAUUCUGAAAUUCAUCAAUAUGUAUUUCUUUAUAAAUUCUUCAUACUUUUCAAUUUCGUUAAAUACGUGUCAUGAAAAGUUAAAUGAACAGUUUUAAAAAGUCAGUCAACCAAAUCAUAAUGGACCUAUGCGUGAAAAUUUGUAAUAUUAUUUAAAUAAAAAUCAUAUCAAGAA